CAAGAGAAGCUAUGUGAGAAGCUAAAAAACCUUUCUGAUGAUCUUUUGCGAGAAUCAGAUUCCCGUAAACUAGCACUACUGGAUUUGAACCAGUUACGGACCGAAUAUUCAGAUCUCUUGAAGUACAACAAAGAGCUUAGUCGUCAGACUCAAGAGGGUGGUGAUUCUAUUACCCUAAAGAUCGCACUUGAACGUGCCAAAGAGGCACACAAAUUAGCACUGGAAAAAAUCACCUACUUAGAAACGGCAUAUGUCAACGUUGUCCCAAAAGAGGAGUUCUCCAACGUUCAAGAUCGCUUAGCCGAUUCUGAGUCUGAGAAUGAACGUCUUAGGGCCAAUUGUGAACAAUUAAGGUCUCAGCUUGAGCCCGAGUGGUCGUGCGUAGGCGGCAUGGUACCAGGAGGUCGGAGACAUUGGCAACAACUGACCUCAGGAAAAUCCUCGAAAGAAAAAUUGGCUAUUCUAACGGCGGAGCUCGCAGGAGAUUCAGCAUUGACUCUCCCAGGGUUGGACAUACAGAAUGAAACAAACAAAAAAGUGCCUAAAUUCAUCGAAGACCUUACGCAUACCUAUCCGCGCUUGCUGCCAAAACGCGAUCUUUUGAUCCUCCUCGAGGAUUUUUGGUCAAAACGACAAGAGCAACUGAAUGAUUUCCUGAAAUGUCUUCGAGAUAAUGUACAAUCUACGUUGCCAUCAUUCAACGAUUUCCUAUAUAAAUACCUAAAAGAAGCAUUUGGAAUAGAGAAGAUUCGUCGAGAGUGGUCGCUCUCACUUUAUAUCUCCGGGAGAGUGAUGACGGACUGCGAGGAACUUGUUCGUUUUCGAAUGGUUGCCGACAACGAGAUUGACGAAGCCUACCACUGGUACUUGCGCUCAUUAACGGGUCGACUGUUCAACCAACUUCGUGAAAUCGCUCAUGCAACGGCUAUCGCAUUCUCAAUGACCACAGAGCCCACUGGGGAAAAGGUGACGGAUGUCCAAUUGGCUAAACCCAAAAGGAGUGAUUGCCAAUUAAGCGUCCGACAAUUGAGCGUGGUUCUUGCCAAAUUACUUCAGUGCACUCCUGACCACGAAUCUAUCACACGGCUCAUUAAGAUAGCUUUCACAAAUGAUGACAUUGAUGACAGCGAGACCACAUUGCAAACAGGGAUUUCGAUGGAUGCAACAGUCUCACUGGAAGAACUUUUUUAUCGGGGCCCUGGUGAACCGACUCCGCCCUUUGUGAUCGCCCUUGUAAAUCGCCUAGUACAGGGACGAAAGCCAAUCAUCGAUCACAUUCUCAUGGAAAUUCAAAGACAGAAAUCGAAUGAUGCGUAA